AUGCCUCCCGCUUACAAUGCGUGUAACGUGGAAUCUGAUACACCUGCUACACCAGAAGAGCUUGGACUGCGGUCCAGUCUCACUCGAAAUUUCCCCGCACCUCUUGUUGUCGAUGCCCUCAUGCUUUCGCGUCUGCCGUCAAGUGGCGGCGAGUGGACGUGUCUUCAAGAGGUCACGGUACCAAACCCUGCCAGGCUGAGCCAGGAACAAACCUUUGCCCAGCAAGCUACCAAGAUUACUGUUCCAAGUUAUCAUGCCCCUCUGUGGCUCUGUCACAUCACAUGCUAA